AUGGCUGUGACGAAAGAGCAGGUGCUAUUUAGCCCUCCGAUUCAUCAAACCGCAACACUUGAUGUUGCACCUCUUGCUGCUUGCACCGUUCACUACGUUCACUCACUCCUUCAGGAACAUAAGAGAUCAAAUUCGUUCAUCAGUUGGUCUGUUGUUAUCCCCAAGAGCUAUGCACUACGCCUAGCCUUCGGGGGGAAGGAAAGGGGGUAUUUUAGACUGUAG